AUGGCCGAGAGCGCUGUGGAGGACGCCGCAGCCGCGCCCCCGGGCCCGGCCAAGCCGCCACCUUGUACAAAUAAUAACACCCUUGCGGCGACUGCCAAUCGUAAUCAUCGGAAUCCGCGCAAGAAACGGAGACGGUUGGAACAGGUGGUGGACACGUUGCAGGCUCAUCGGAGCUCGCCAUCCGAGGGCGAGGUGUUGAGAUUCGAGGGCAACGGUCCCGCGUCGGAAGAGGAGGAUGUUUUCGGCUCGCCUAGGUCGUCGUCCUCACGAUCCGCCGUGGACACCACCCCGAUAUUGGGCCAACUACCCCUUAGGCGAGACACGGAGUCGGUCACUUCGGUUGAAGAGGAGCUAAACGAGGGCGCACGACAGCAUUACCCGCAUCGUCCUCACCGGUCGUAUUCGUAUCAUCAUCAUCAUCACCAUCAUCAUCAACGUUACUCACCUUAUCAGAACCAUAAGUGCAUGUGCAGUCAGUGCUCGCAGUCGCUUGUCACGGCGUCGAUGGCGAUAAUGCUGCCGUCGGCGACAUCUCUGCAAACUCCGCUGUCGCGAUCCAGUUUCUCGUACAACAGCAUAGACACAGUAUACAACUAUCACAUGUACUUCGAGCAGUACUUCCAGCAGAAGUUUUUGUCGCCAUCAAACGACACUUUCCGCGGUCGCAGUCACUCCGACUCGGACGUUGUUCCUAAGUGGGACGACACGAGAUUGCCCGCAUCGACCUCCUCUUCCUCCGAUGUAAGCCAUCCGCCGCGAAGUGGAUCCCUCGAGAGCGACGGCACGAGUCCGCAAGAGUCGCCGUUGGAUCUCUCUAUGAAGAACUUGAUGUUGCAGCCUGCCGCAGCUGUUUCCGCGAAGUUACCAGCUCUUCAACUUCUACCGCCCGGCGUUGUGACGCGGGGUUCCGUCAGUGUGCCUGUGGUUAGGGGCGAUGUUGCGUCACCCACUACUAAAGAGAGCGUGGCGGUGCGGUAUAACUUGGAAGUUCAACCCGUCGUCGAGGAAAUGGCGCCAGGUACGGAUUUGGCUUACGUUUGUCCGGAGUGCGGUCAAAUGUUCAGUCUACAUGAUCGUUUGGCGAAGCACAUGGCAUCCAGGCACCGUCGGCAGGGUCUUCACGACGCUUCGGCGAAGGCGUACCUUUGCGAUGUAUGUAAUCGAAGUUUCGCCAGGUCGGAUAUGUUGACUCGGCACAUGAGACUUCACACCGGCGUCAAACCAUACACAUGCCGGAUCUGCAAGCAAGUGUUUAGUAGAUCCGACCAUCUCAGUACACACCAGCGAACUCACACCGGGGAGAAACCGUACAAGUGCCCGCAAUGCGCUUACGCGGCCUGUCGCAGGGAUAUGAUCACCAGGCACCUCAAAACUCACAAUCGGUGCGCGGACGGUCCCACUCCGAAGAUCGAACCCGGUCUACUUGCUGGUGAAGAAUGUCCUACCUUCGGCCAGAACGUGGCGGCCACGCCAUCGGCAGUCAUCAAGGCCGAAUGACGACGGCCAGUCGGAUGAUCUUGGCUGCAUUCUAGCUCCAGGUUUCAACGAGGAUAUCGCGGCAGGAUUGAUCGAGAGUCGUCGGGAAUCCUUGCAACUCGAUCAGGACUCCGUGGAAACGCUUCGAAGGAACGAAGUCGCCGUGCAUCGCGAGCGGUCACCUUUGUGACGUCAGCCGAACGCUAAAAAGACUUAAAGAAAUCGCGAUUUGGUGGAACGGGAUCAGUGGCAGGGAGUAUUUGUUUUGCUGUCGAAAUUCGAUUUCCUGGAGAUCUCGCUGGACGCUAAUGAGAGUCUGUGAUCAAGGUUAAGAUGUUAUAGAACGGCUCUUGGAAGAGAUUGCAGCUAGACGCGUUAAUUUUACUCUUUCGCUGCGCCACGUUAAAACUGUUUUUCUUGCACGAAAUUUUGCAUGCUGAUAUUAAACAAGUCGUUAACAUUAUGCGAUUUAUGCGAAAAUUUGCUGAUUAUUUAUUACGUGUAAUUAGAUAAAUAUUUAUAUUCUUUUUUUUUUAUUAUAUGAGAUAAAAGUGUGCGCACAUUUUACGAUAUUGAAAAUUAUUAUUAUUUAUAACUUGUGUCUGCGUUAGCAAAGUGAAUAUUUUGUUCUGAGAUUAUUACAAUAGUUUUUUGUCUCUUUAAUUGUAUUUCUAAUAUUAUAAAAUCUUUUCUUACACGUAUUCUUCUCAGCGAAAGAGUCAAAUUCGCAUUUUCCAAGCGUUGGGAGAGCUGAUGGUGAGUAAAAGCUUCGCUUCCGUGAGUAUUAUAUUGUAUUAUUUAUCAAGAAAAUAAAUGAUUUUUUGCCUGUGGUCUGUCACACACAUUGCCUAGAAAUCAUUAUUCUUUCAUUCAUCAUGCGCGAUCGCAUUUUGAUUGCGAUGCGUCAACAGCGAACAAUGCCGAACAGUAUUAUCGUACUUCUUUAAUCUCUGCUUCCAUCUGAUUUCUCUUCCGUGGUUCGCGUUUUAUUCUUUAAAAUUGUUGCAAAUUGUAUAUUGUGCUAAUCACUUUUUGACAUCGUGAUUGCACACAGUUCGAGUGGAGAACGAUCCGAGAGAAGUGCGAUUUUUUUGAAAACGUACUCAAAACGCUACUGUUAAAACAAUUUACACAUAUGCAAGUUUAUGUUAAUUUAAA